CAAAUUAUAAACAAGCUUUGUUCCGAACAAGAAUUUAGCAGGAAAAGGAAAAUCGGUGGACCCAGUCUAUCUUAAGCCAUGGCAGAUCAGUUCAGGUUAGUUUCACCGGAUAUAAACCAAGAAGGAAGAAUGCCAAGGAAGUACACAGGCGAAGGUCAAGGUGCUCAAAAGAAUAUAUCGCCGCCAUUAGAAUGGUACAACGUACCAGAAGGAACAAAGAGCCUGGCUUUGGUGGUGCAAGACAUAGAUGCACCUGACCCAGAUGGUCCCAUUGUUCCUUGGACCCAUUGGGUUGUGGUUAAUAUACCACCUACGUUGAAUAGAAUACCAGAAGGGUUUUCAGGGAAAGAAGAGGAAAUAGGUGGUGAAUAUGCUGGAAUCAAAGAAGGAAAUAAUGACUGGAAAGUUCCAGGUUGGCGCGGCCCCAAGCUUCCUAAUCAUGGACAUAGGUUUGAGUUCAAGCUUUUUGCCUUGGAUGAGGAAUUGAAUCUGGGAAAUAAGGUAACAAAAGAGAAGCUGUUGGAAGCAAUUGAAGGGCAUGUUCUAGGAGAAGCAGUGCUGAUGUGCAAGUUUUGAACUUUGAUUGUUUCUUUUCUUUUCUUUUCUUUUCUUUUUUCUUUGUUUUUUGUUUUCUUUUUGGUAUAAAGUUUUGAAGUUCGAUUUGAUACAUCGAGUGCUGUUUGGUAAAAGUGAAGAAUCAACAUAUGUAAUGUAUAUUCGGUUCAUGGAAAUGGAUUCUCUUCGUUUCAUGUUGCA